UUGGAGAGCCAGAAAUUUUUAGCAGAAAACUCUGCCUCUGUGUACAUCAAGAAAGUGGAAGCAAGGAUCAGCGAGGAAGCUGAGCGGGCCAAACAUUAUCUUGACAAGUCCACAGAGGAGCCCGUUGUCAAAGUUUUAGAAGCAGAACUUAUCAGCAAACAUAUGAAAACAAUUGUGGAGAUGGAGAACUCUGGUGUUGUGCACAUGCUGGAGAAUAACAAGACAGAUGAUCUGUCCUGCAUGUACAAACUGUUUAUCCGUGUGCCAAAUGGUUUGAAGACCAUGAGUGACUGUAUCAGCAAGUACCUCAGAGAACAAGGCAGGGCUCUAGUCAGCGAGGAAGGAGAGGAGAGCAAGAAUGCUAUCACAUAUGUGCAGAAUCUUCUGGAUCUCAAGGAUCGCUUCGGACACUUCCUACAUGAAUCGUUUAGCGAUGAUAAAUUGUUUAAACAGAUGAUAUCUGGUGACUUUGAAUACUUCAUCAACCUGAACCCCAAGUCACCGGAGUACCUGUCACUGUUUGUGGAUGACAAGUUAAAGAAAGGGGUCAAAGGGAUGACAGAACAAGAAAUUGAGAAUGUUCUGGACAAGAGCAUGGUGCUGUUUCGCUACCUGCAGGAGAAAGAUGUCUUUGAGCGCUACUACAAGCAGCAUCUGGCCAGACGGUUGCUGCUGAACAAAAGUGGCUCAGACGACUCUGAGAAAAAUAUGAUUUCAAAGUUGAAGACUGAGUGUGGCUGCCAGUUUACCUCCAAACUGGAAGGGAUGUUCAAAGAUAUGGCCUUGUCAGCAAGUAUACAAGAGGAGUUCAAGCGCUACUGUGUGGAUAAAAAUGUGUCCUUGUCGGGCGUUGACCUGACAGUUCGGGUACUGACCACUGGUUACUGGCCCACACAGACAGCAACCCCAAUCAAUAUACCAAUGGAGCCUAGAGCAGCUUUUGAGGCCUUCAGAGUGUUUUACCUCAGCAAGCACAGUGGUCGACAGCUGACUUUGCAACCACACUUGGGCUCUGCAGAUUUGCAUGCCAGUUUUGCUGGAGCCAAGCGUGACGAUGCAGACAGUGGUCCGGCCAGCUCAGCUAAGGGGAUCAGGAAGCACAUCCUCCAGGUGUCUACUUACCAGAUGUGCGUCCUGGUUUUGUUCAACCUCAGGGAUAAAUGGACAUUUGAGGAAAUGAAAAAUGAAACAGAUAUGCCAGAACGUGAACUUACACGAGCUCUUCAGUCAUUAGCCGUGGGUAAAAUAUCACAAAGAAUAUUGCAGAAAGAACCAAAAACAAAAGACAUUGAGGCCUCUCAUAUUUUCUCUGUGAAUGACCAGUUUUCUUCAAAGUUGGUGCGUGUAAAAAUCCAAAUGGUUGCAUCCAAUAAAGGAGAGGCUGAACCUGAGAGAAGAGAAACCAGGAAUAAAGUCGAUGAGGACAGGAAACAUGAAUAUCCUUUUGCAGCCCUUGUGAGAAUAAUGAAGGCAAGAAAGAAGUUGCAGCACAACACUUUAGUUGCUGAGUGUACAGAGAUGCUCAAACCACGCUUCUUGCCUAGCCCCGUCGUCAUCAAGAAACGCAUCGAGGGCUUAAUAGAGAGGGAAUACCUAGCUAGAGCAGCAGAAGACAGAAAAAUCUACACAUAUGUUGCCUGA